AUGGCUCCUGCUGCAUCUCGUUGUGUCCUGCGCGCCGCAGCGCUCACGGCCGCCGUCGCUGGGCUUUGGCUCGCGCAGGCCUUCGUGGCCGCCCCAGCACCGCACACCGCGCCAGCUCUUCGAGCUGCUGGGCCGCGUGCCACGGCGAGCACAGCCACCGCCCAGUCGGGAUCAGAGACCUCUGCCCUGGCUGCUAGUUGCCUCCUGGCGGGCGUCUCUGCCUCCCUCGUGCGCCGGUCCACAGCGCGCCGCGCGGAGGCGGACGAGAAGAAGCCCUUCAGCGUUUGGGAGCCGGACACCUACGGCAACAUCUCCAUGGACGACGUGAAGAAGUACGGUGCCGCCGGCACCCUCUCCUACGUCAUCACCGAGCUGAUCUUCUGGGCCGUUGCCUUCCCAACGGAGUGCAUCGUCUACCUGAACACGGCUGGCCACUGGCCUGACUUCAGCAAGCCCGAGGAGAGCGCGGCUGUCUUCGGCUUGGUCUUCGCAGCCUCCAACAUUGCCCGGCUUCUGCUGCCCAUCCGCUUCGGUGCGGCGCUGGCUAUGGCUCCAUGGGUUGACGAGAACAUCAUGCAGAAGUUCGGCAAGCAGGAGGCCAAAGAGGGGGCGUGA